GAGUUGACAGGAGGUAAUCCCCUCCAUGUGAGGAGGCGGCACGGGUGUGGAGGCGUGUUGUUUUCCAUUCAAAUCCUUACUAGACCUAUAAAAAGCGGGACUCGGAGCUCGGAAGAAAGAGAGAGAGAGAGAGAGAGAGAGCGCGCAAAGAGAGAGAGAGAGAGAGAGAGCGCGCACGCCGAACGACACGGCUGUAUCUGUACCUGUCCGGAUGGGGAUGGAGAUGCUGCAUGGAUCCGCAGGUGUCCAAACGGUGAAGGCGCUGAAAAACGCCGCCGUAUGCCUGAUGCUGCUGCCGCGCUUCCUGUUCGCGGCCGUGAUGCUGUGGCUCCUGGAUUUCCUGUGCAUCCGGAGGAAGGUGCUCACGAAGAUGCGAGAGAGCGACCUGAGCAGCCCCGACGAUCCGCCGCUCUGCGUGUCCGACUCCAACAAGAUGUUCACGCUCGAGUCGCUGCGCGCCGUGUGGUACGGCCACAAGCUGGACUUCUUCAAGACGGCGCAUCUGGGCGGCGCGGCGCCCAACACCGAGGUGGUUCCGCUGGACAGCGCGCAGCGGAGUGGCCCGCAGCGGAUCCUGGACUACGCCCGAGGGAGGAGACCCCUCAUCCUGAACUUCGGGAGCUGCUCCUGACCGCCGUUCAUGACGCGCCUGUCGGCGUUCCAGCGCGUCGCGCGGCAGUACGCGGACAUCGCGGACUCGCUGCUGGUGUACAUCGAGGAAGCGCAUCCGUCGGACGGCUGGGUGAGUUCCGACGCGCUCUACCAGAUCCCCCGGCACCGCUGCCUGGAGGACAGACUCCGCGCCGCGCAGCUCAUGAACCAUGAGGUGCCGGGGAGCGCCGUGGUCGUGGACACCAUGGAGAACUCGUCCAACUCGGCGUACGGCGCCUAUUUCGAGCGCCUCUACAUACUGAAGGACGAGAAGGUCGUGUAUCAAGGCGGCAGGGGUCCGGAGGGCUACCGGAUCUCGGAGCUCAGAGACUGGCUGGAGCGCUACCGGAACGAUCUGGAAGCUUCCAAAGCGGCGACGGUGGUCCACGUUUAAGACGGAUGCACGGAUGGAUGUUUUCCUUCCCUCAGCCCCACUCUCGCGUCCUUAUUGUGAAGUCAUUGGCCGUGUUUCAAAACCUAGCGACCGUCUGCGCUCUCGAUGUUUUCAAAAGUUCCAUUAUAGCUCCUACAGAUCAGUGUUUGGGGUUCUGCAAACCUCGCAGUGAAGUCAUCGGUGGCGUUUCAGUCUACACUUUCUCAAACAUUGAGAAGGUCUUGAUGCACUGAACAUGCACUGAGCCAGGCUUUUCAACCAGGGGUCCAUGCACUGUAAAAGCACUUUCUCAGGUAACCUAGAAAUGAAAAUUACAUUAGGUUACACCAAUGAAAGCAUUUUUAAGGGUUGCACAUUUCACUUUUUUACAGUGUGGACCCCUGGGGGCCCGUGAAGGUACUCCAGGAGAGAACAUUUUAUACAUUGACAUUUCUAACUAUGAGCGCUGGUGGUUCACAUGUAGGACGGAUGGAUGUUUUUCCAGCCCGGUCUUGUGUUUUUAGAUUGAAGUGAUUAGCUGUGUUCAAAACUCAGUGACUGUCUGUGCACUUCUCACUUUGUUACACUGUAAGGUUCUUAGAAUAGAUGCCAAAAGGCUCUUUGGAAAUUAAAAAGCAGUUUUUGAUGUUUCUGAUCAAUGUAAAAAACUAGAUCCAGGGUUUUCAACUACAGUAGGAGAGAAGAAAUGCUGCUUAAACCAUUU